GACAGUAUGGGGAGAGGAUGUUUCAUUUGGAUUUUCGUAACCUAUGUUGUUUGUGAGAAAUUGAGGUUAAUUUGCUAAUUCUUUUAUUUUUGUAUGAAGUUUUAAACGGUGAAUAAUGUAAAUCUACAACAGGCGUAUAUUAAAUUAUCCAAAUAAGAUUCGAAUUCAUCUAAAAGUGGUUUCAGUCGUGACCACAAUGGUCAAAGAACAGUAUAGAGAAACAGAUUUAACUAGAAAAAUAUGCAAAGUCAGUUUUGGAGUCGAUGGCCCCCAUCAGAUGCAACAGCAAGCUCAUUUGCACGUUGUAGCUAAAAACUUGUACGCUCAAGAUGCCACAAGAACUCCUGUUCCUUUUGGGGUUCUGGACAGAAGAAUGGGAACAAAUCAGAAGGAUGCCAACUGCCAAUCCUGUAACAAGGGUCUGAAUGAUUGCGUGGGACAUUACGGCUAUAUAGAUCUUGAAUUGCCAGUCUUUCAUAUUGGUUAUUUUCGUUCUGUCAUCAACAUACUACAGACAAUAUGCAAGAAUCCUCUGUGUGCUCAUGUGUUACUUAACGACAAGGAGAGGAUGUCAUAUUAUGCUAAAGUGCGGAAUCCCAACUUGACUUAUUUAGCGAGAAAAGCUAUCCGCAAACAGAUUCAAGACCGAGCGAAGAAAGUGAGCAUCUGCCCUCAUUGUGGUGAUAUCAAUGGUACAAUAAAAAAGUGCGGUCUUCUUAAAAUAAGCCACGAGAAGUUUAGGACACGUCGACCAGAGACUGUCAUGGCUGCUAAAUUAGCUGAGUAUGAUGAAGUAGUGGCAUACAAUGCAGAGUUGGAGUCAGCACGUAAACAUGGACUGACACAAAUCCUGAAUCCCCAAGAGGUCCUGCGCCUCCUGGAAGCCAUUCCGGAGCAGGACCUGUUUCUUCUGUUGAUGAACCCCAAUGUAUCUUGCCCUGCUCACCUUAUACUAACCAGGAUCCCAGUUCCACCUAUUUGUAUCCGGCCGUCCGUCAUAUCUGACCUGAAGUCUGGCACCAACGAGGAUGACCUGACGAUGAAACUGUCAGAGAUAGUGUUUAUAAACGAUGUGAUCGCCAAACACCGACUGUCCGGGGCCAAGGCUCAGAUGAUCAACGAGGACUGGGAGUUCCUGCAGCUUCACUGCGCCCUCUACAUCAAUAGCGAAACAUCAGGCAUCCCCAUCAACAUGCAGCCAAAAAAAUCAAGCAGAGGAUUAGUGCAGAGGUUGAAAGGCAAGCAAGGUCGAUUCCGUGGGAAUCUUUCCGGAAAACGUGUGGACUUUUCCAGCCGGACUGUUAUCUCUCCGGACCCAAACUUGAGAAUAGAAGAGGUGGGUGUCCCGGUACAUGUGGCCAAGAUACUGACAUUCCCUGAGCGAGUGCAGCCUGCCAAUAAGGCUCUGAUGAAACAGCUGGUGAUCAACGGACCAGAUGUCCACCCAGGAGCCAAUUUUGUCGAGCAUAAGGAUUCUAAAUACAAGAAGUUCCUUCGAUACGGCAACAGAUACAAGAUCGCACAAGAGCUCAAGGAAGGAGACAUAGUAGAACGACAUCUGCGAGAUGGUGACAUUGUGCUGUUUAACAGACAGCCGAGCUUGCAUAAACUGAGUAUCAUGUGUCAUCGUGCUAAAGUGUUACAACAUCGCACAUUUAGAUUCAACGAGUGUGCCUGUACACCUUACAAUGCUGAUUUUGAUGGUGAUGAAAUGAAUCUCCAUUUGCCCCAAACAGAGGAGGCACGUGCUGAGGCGCUUGUUUUGAUGGGGAACAAGUCUAACUUAGUGACGCCUCGUAACGGGGAGCUUCUGAUCGCUGCGACUCAAGACUUUAUCACCGGAGCUUACUUAUUGACUCAGAGGGACAACUUCCUGACAAAGGCUGAGGUUUGUCAGCUGGCGGCUACCCUGCUCGCAGGUAGUGACACGCACAUGGAUAUAGAUCUACCCCCACCUGCAAUACGAAAGCCUCACAUGCUAUGGACUGGCAAGCAGGUGUUUGGAUUGCUGUUGAAACCUAACAAAGCUUGUCCAGUGAAGGCCAACCUCCGCACUAAGGGUAGAGCUUACACGUCCGAUGAGGAUCUGUGUGUGCGCGACUCCUUUGUGGUGAUCCGUAACUCUGAACUGUUGGCCGGGUCAAUGGACAAGUCCACCUUGGGCUCUGGUGGCAAGAACAACAUUUUCUACGUGUUGUUGCGAGACUGGGGCGAAGGUGUGGCUACCACAGCCAUGUGGCGACUGGCUCGGCUCACUUCCAAAUACCUGAUGGAUCGAGGAUUCAGUAUCGGCAUCGGUGACGUCACUCCCGGAACAGGUCUGCUGAGGGCCAAACAGCGUCUGCUCAACGCCGGGUAUACCAAGUGUGACGAGUACAUAGCACGCAUGCGUGAUGGCCAACUGCAGUGUCAGCCUGGUUGUUCGGCCGAAGAGACCCUGGAAGCUGUCAUACUCAAGGAGUUAUCUGUCAUCCGAGACCAUGCGGGCAAAGCCUGCCUCAAGGAGUUGCACCCCACCAACAGUCCAUUGGUGAUGGCUCUCAGUGGAUCUAAAGGAUCGUUCAUCAAUAUCUCCCAGAUGAUCGCGUGUGUGGGCCAACAAGCCAUCAGUGGCAAGCGAGCUCCAGACGGCUUCGAGGACAGAGCCCUUCCUCACUUUGAACGACACUCUAAGAUUCCAGCAGCGAAGGGAUUCGUAGAGAAUAGUUUCUACUCCGGACUGACACCCACUGAGUUCUUCUUCCACACGAUGGGAGGACGAGAAGGGUUGGUGGACACUGCUGUCAAAACUGCAGAGACUGGCUACAUGCAGCGGCGACUUGUCAAGUCUCUAGAAGAUCUGUGUCUGCAUUACGAUUUGACUGUCCGUAACUCAUCUGGAGAUAUUAUACAGUUCUUGUUUGGAGGAGAUGGUCUAGACCCAACAUAUAUGGAAGGUAACGGAUGCCCGGUGGAGCUAGGACGAGUACUAGACCAUGUGCGAGCUGUCUUCCCCAGUAGGGGAGAGGAUGCACUCACUGCUACCCAGAUCAUACAAGCUACUGAUGAGCUCAUAAAGUCCCCUGAUGAUCUAGAAGGCUGUAGUGAUGAGUUCAAAGCCGAACUCAGAGACUUCAUGUACGGAGUGGCACGCCGCAUGGCUCAACAGAGACAAGAUAGAGAGGAUAUAAAAGUAGUGCAGGAAUUAGAGCGCAUCACAGUCUCGCAACUCAUCCAAUUCUUCCACACUUGUCAGACCAAAUACAUGAACGCUAAGAUAGAGCCAGGUACAGCAGUGGGAGCUCUGGCAGCUCAGAGUAUUGGAGAGCCCGGAACUCAAAUGACCUUGAAGACUUUUCACUUUGCUGGAGUGGCAAGCAUGAACAUUACUCAGGGUGUUCCUCGUAUAAAAGAAAUCAUCAAUGCCAGCAAGAACAUCAGUACUCCGAUCAUCACAGCCCACCUGGAGAACGACACUGAUCCAGAGUUCGCUCGUAGAGUUAAAGGUCGAAUUGAGAAGACAGUUUUGGGAGAGGUUUGUGAGUACAUGGAAGAAGUUUACUUGCCAUACGACAGUUUUCUGUUAGUGAAACUGGACUUGGAGCGGAUCCGCCUGCUAAAGCUGGAAGUGGACGCAGACUCCAUAAGAUACAGCAUCUGUACGUCCAGGUUACGUGUGAAGCCACAGCAGGUACAAGUACAAGGACCAUCCAUCUUGACCGUGCAGGCCACAUCUCAGAAGUCUCUCAGUCUCGAUGCCAUGCUGUGUUACUUGAAGGAAAACAUUCCAAAAGUUGUUAUCAAGGGUGUGCCGUCUGUGAACCGAGCUGUGAUACACGAAGAUGACUCGGGCGGCCAGACUCGCUACAAGCUGCUGGUAGAGGGGGACAACCUGCGGGAUGUCAUGGCCACCCGAGGUGUCAAAGGCACACAGUGCUGGUCCAACAACACCUACCAGGUCUACCAGACUCUCGGCAUCGAGGCAGCCAGGUCUACCAUAAUGUCGGAGAUCAAGCUGGUGAUGGAAAACCACGGGAUGAGCAUUGACCCAAGACAUCCCAUGCUUGUGGCUGAUCUUAUGACCUCCAGGGGGGAGGUGCUGGGCAUCACUCGUCAUGGGCUGGCCAAGAUGAAAGAGUCCAUUCUAAAUCUAGCUUCUUUUGAGAAGACAGCAGACCACUUGUUCGACGCAGCGUACUACGGUCAGACUGAUGUAAUUUCUGGAGUCUCAGAGUCCAUAAUUAUGGGCAUCCCCAUGGCUGUUGGCACUGGCCUCUUCAAACUAUGCCAAAAGACUGACCGAGAGGAUGUGCUGACUCAGAGGCCACUUUUGUUUGAUAAUCCAAUCUACCAUUCCGGCCCCGACAACGUCAGAUGACAUCAGUACCUAUCAGAUAUGUAUACUUGUCUGUGAUCAAAUAUAAACUGUUUGUUUUCAA